CUUAUACACACAAACUCUCACUCACGCCCACGCGCUGACAGUCAAAGCUCGUGAGAGGGGGAAAUGCACCACUCUCUGCGUCUUUGCGCGGAAAAAAAGUUCCAGUCGUGUAGGCUCUGCAAAAAAUGAGUUACUAAAGCAACUUGUUAGGUUGUAACUGCAAACACUCUGGGUUGAAGAUAAUAUAUUCAUGUUUUAGUGUUGUUUAAAAGAACCCAGAGAUAUCCCUUAACGUUCCCGUUGAGGAAGAAGAGGUUACGCUCCUUUUGGACCUGGCAGCAAGAGUUUAUGUACCCGGACAUCAUCAAGGGCAAAGAUAAACUUUUUCAGAGGUGUGGAAUUUAUCUUUUUUAAAGAGAGAAAAUCAAGACUGGCACGGCUGCAAAGCAACGCUUUUCAACAACCACUGGUAAACAACAUAUAACCUACUAAAUGGACUCCCACUGCCGCAAACUUGCAUCAACGUGUGCUCAAUUAGAGAAAGAAAAGGGACAAAGUAAAAACGAAGAUUCGAACGAUGACCCGUCGAAAAAGAAGAGACAAAGGCGGCAACGAACGCAUUUUACUAGCCAGCAGUUACAGGAACUGGAGGCCACUUUUCAGAGGAAUCGCUAUCCGGACAUGUCGACUAGAGAGGAGAUCGCCGUUUGGACAAAUUUAACAGAGGCCAGAGUCCGAGUGUGGUUCAAGAAUCGACGGGCAAAAUGGAGAAAAAGGGAGAGGAAUCAACAGGCUGAGCUGUGUAAAAACGGUUUCGGCCCUCAAUUCAACGGACUUAUGCAGCCCUACGAUGACAUGUAUCCCAGCUAUACGUACAACAACUGGGCUGCAAAGGGACUCACGUCGGCCUCUCUGUCUACCAAAAGCUUUCCUUUUUUCAAUUCCAUGAAUGUCAAUCCGCUGUCGUCCCAGACCAUGUUCUCUCCACCUAACUCUAUCUCUUCAAUGAGCAUGUCCUCCAGUAUGGUUCCGUCUGCUGUCACCGGUGUACCAGGAUCAAGUUUAAACAGCCUCAAUAACUUGAAUAACCUCAGCAACCCCUCUCUAAAUUCGGGGGUUCCCACGCCGGCGUGCCCUUACGCCCCACCGACGCCUCCGUAUGUUUACCGGGACACUUGUAACUCCAGUCUUGCCAGUCUGAGACUGAAAGCCAAGCAACACUCGAGUUUUGGAUACGCGAGCGUGCAGAAUCCGGCCUCCAAUCUCAGCGCCUGCCAGUACGCAGUGGAUAGACCGGUGUAAGAGACGACUGUAGAAUUUACAAUCCGAAUCCCAGGAACAAGAGACUUCACUUUUUGUUUCAAUGGCACUAGAAGAAUAAACCACUGAAACGCGUCCAAUCCUGUGAUGGAAUGUCAAGCGGGAACGGAAGGCAAAGGCUCCAUUGCUAAUAAGAUUUGUUCUCUACACUAGCAAGUGCACACUAGCCAGUGAAGAGAUUAGGAUACCACAAUAUUUAACAACAAAAAAAAUCUCAUUUAUUUUGACGUUUCAAUUUUGGACAGUAAUUGACUGAACGGUUGUAUAUAGGCUAUACAUAUAUCUUAAUAUCAUCUCCAAUUUGUAGAAGCGAAAGCUCUAACUCUUAAGCAUUUUCAAGAAUUCAGUUCAACACAGCAUGUGGAAAACUUACAGGAAUCAUGUCUUGCUUGCGAUCAAGGGAAUGUACAUACUAAACGCACCAGUCGUGUGUGAUAUUAUAAAUUUAUUAUUAAAUGUCUGUGUGAAUAUAGAUCUAGAAUAGCAACCCUGGGUAAUAAUACGCAAAUGUUUCUGCGAAAUGAACUUGGUUUUUGCUCUGUGUAUAAUAUUUGGUACGGAAUUUUUGUUUCGUUUUUCAACAUCCCAAAAAUAAACUAUUGUGUUUUAUUUAAUGGAAGUAAAUAUAUUGUUCUAAAACAUUUCAGAACGUUUUCUUCACAAUUAUUGAAUUCAAUUAUUGAUGGUUGUAUGUGGCACACAAUUGUGGCAUUUCUACGGUUUAUAAAGACUCAGAGGGAAGGAAAAAGUAUCUAAUACACAUCAGCUUGACAUGAGUCCGGUGAAGAGGGCGAGAUGUCCCGAGCAGAUUAGGAGUCGAAUAUACAAGACUGACUAGAGGCUGGGCCUCCAGUGAUCAGCGACGCUUGAAAUAACAGCAAUAAGAUCAGGCCAGGAUGGACCACACAUCACUGGACCAUCUGCCAGCUGAACUCCUUUAAAAAAAUUAAUAUGAAGUGAUACAUGAUUGUCCAGUAUUAAGCUCAAUAGAACGUGUGCAAGUUGAAAACAAGGCUCAUGUGUCAUAUGAAUUAUGGAUUACUUAGAAUAAUAUAUAAACCGCCAUCCCACUGUGCAAACAAAACUGCAUUUUUAGCAGACUCGCAGUAGGCGCGUGUAAUUACAAGUGAUCGCGACAAUGAGUGUCAAUUGACUGGCUGUUUGUAAACAAAGAAAUCUCACAGCGUCAAAUUACUGUAUGGAAACGGUUUUAAAAUAGAGUUAAGAGGAUUAAGGGAAAUGUAUCGCCCUAAUAGAACAUAACUGCGUUUGUGAUUGGUACAGUUAUUUAACUCCAGCUCAAUAAUAACUUAUUGUCUUUCACGGGAAAUCCUUAUACUGCACUAUUGUUAGCCGCCCUCUGUUGUCCAUCAUUAACUUCGCUGAAGUAUAGCGGAUAAAGUACUUAAUAGAACGGACAAUGACAUUCAUUGAAAGCCAAUCAAAACAAAGGCAGGUAUGCCACAUAGACAGGCGUUUGUAUGAGUGUGAUUCUAUCCAUGAAAUUCAUGUCACAGCGCGUACAGAACAGGAUGAGAGAAGAACAUGUACUUUGAGUAGUGUGGUUGGAACAACACAAGCGUGCUGUUAAACAUGAAUACUCUCAUAUAGUGAUGAUUAAUGGAGCAGACAGAACAAGGGUGGAGAAAACAGUAAAAUUGAAUGCUACAAUUACAUUUAUUCGAAAUAAUAGCGUGCUGUUAUUGAAUGAAAACUAAAACGCCUUCGCUAAUUUAUAGCGUCUCCGUUAAAACAACAAAUGCUUGUCUAAAAUCCACAGAUCGUAAAUCAUCCGUUUUCAGGUGUACAUGCUCCUGGUUCUCUCAGUGAAGAGCUCUCAAUCUAACCAGGCCUAAAUUAUUCAUUCCCUGCAACAUGACGGUCUGGGGUCCCAAUACACAUCUCAAUAAACACUGUGAGCGGGGGGCCCACGGGAGCAAUACAUAGCAGAUUCAGAGAGGAACCCUUCAUUCGGCCUAAACACAGCCGGGAAAGCUGUUGCCUCAAUUUUCUAGAAGACUGCAGAAAGGUAAGGCAUUUUAAUGCGCAUUAUCAGCAUAAAACUAAAAACAUGCCCUUGCAUGACGAAGAGAAGCACCAAAAGUUUGCAUGCAUAUAACUAGUUUUCUUUAUGCUAAAGACUUUCACGCAGAGUUUUGGCUGGCUGACUUGUUGGUUCUUUUAUAAACGGAGUAGUCUUGUUCCAUGUCUGCUUUAAGACUACUUUAGUUAUUUCUCCACCUUAAAAUAUUUUAAAAUGUGCACUGACCUGAAAAAUGUCUUCAAUUCCACCUUGAAUUCGUGUUCGAUAUAACAUACAAGUAAGCAUUGUUAGAGAACUUUGUUUUAUAUUAUGCGUGUUGUGGCCGACUACGUUUUUUUUUAAAUAUAUAAUUAAUAUAUCCACUUUUACUAAUUUCAACGCUUGUUUUUUUUUUUCUUUCAAAUAACACAAAAAUCUGUCUUUUUGACCAAACAGACUUCUUUAAAUAAUAGGCUACCCAUACGCUAUAUUCAAGCCGAUAGUCUUUCCACUUACUACUGUAUUAGAUAAUGGUUUAAAUUCUGAUUUGCAUAAUAAUGCGCAGAUUUGUUAUUCAAACUGUAAAUGGUUGCUUAUUUGCAUUGUGUGUCGCAGCCUUUACAAAAACAUUGUCACUUAAAUUAUUAUUAUUAUUAUUAUAUGUCACUUAUACGCAUAUUUCAUUUCGGGAAAUAGUAUUUAACAAUACAAAUAAACAAAUAGUAUUAUUUCAGCGGCAUUUCUUUUUGAUAAAUGAUCAACAGGAUGCACCAAAUAACACCAAAAACUAUCUUCGUCUUCACAAAAUUCGUAAAAUCCCCCAUACUUGAUAAAAUUCACCAAGGUGUAUAAUAAUUCGGGACAUUUCUGAAUAAUUUAGUCAAUCAAAACUUGACUGAAAUCAUAUAUUAAGUUUUUCCAGCAAUUAAAGGUUUGAAUGAAUGGAUUAAAUAGCCUAUUUAACAGUCCAUUACUGAUGAAAACACAUCGGACAAUGUUAGGUAUUAAGUAACAGGCCCAUGUAAACAUCUGUUUACCAAAAUUGCAAAAAAAAAAAAAUAAUAAUAAUAACUGAAAAGAUAAUCAAUAGUAUGUAGGUUUUAAUUUGCUCAUAUCUUCAAACUUUGUGAUAGUGGCCAAAGAUCACUCGUCAACAAGCCAGCUUUAUUACAUUGAUAAACUGGACUGCGAUGUUGUUGCCACCCAUCUUGGCAAAAGCACAGUCUGUCCAAUCAGAUGAAAGAGAUUUAAGCGCAAGGUCGGGGAGGAAUGACCUCGCACAUUCUCUCGCAGAGCUUACCUAUAGUUCACCAUAAAAACCUGCACUGACUGACCUGCAAAAUAUUCAGAGCCGAAAAAAAUUUAUCAAUUUAUAUAUUUCAAUAGGCGGAUUAAGAAAUAUUUUCUUUUUUUACAAUAAGUAAUUACAAAUAAUUUUAAAUAUAUUUUUUGUAUUUAUAUAGAACUGGCACUGGCCUCUUUUGGGAUGAUUGCUGACCUUGUCCAAAACAGCUGUCCACAUAAUUUAUGUAAAGGUUUGUGUGUCAGUUCCAAAAUGUAGCUUAAUUUGAUUAUGAACUUUCCAUUUUCCUUAAGUACAGAAAACAAUCUUCAUUCAAACUUGCACAUCUCAUUUGCAGUCUUAAAACUGGAUUAUAUUGGCCAUUAGCCACCACGCUCUCAGCAUUGGCACUGGCUAUUGGAAACUCACUACUGAAAACAAUUACAAAAUGCUACUACUAUUACACAACCAUUACAAAGUUAUUUAAAAGCAAGAUGUCUCAAUUAAUAGCAUCUGAAACGUGUCUCCCUGUUAAAUCAGGCGUUCACAUUUGCAGAAACUAAGCUGGUACAGGCCUAAAGUGAAUCUAUAGACCCUCCAGACAGUCAUUGUGUGUGCAAGUUAGUAAGCAAACACUGGACAGGGUAAGCUUGAAUUGUUGGAGAAAAAUGUAUGGGAGGAUUAUGGGUGUGGAGGUGUGUAUGGAAAACCUCAGGUGUUGCUUCCCAUUUAAAGGCACAAAUGAGAAAUGACAACAAUUUAAAGAAUUUUUGAUCUGUAAAAUUAAAAUGGCACUGACUUCAUUCACUCCAUAUGUACAAAAGGAGAAUAUUCAAUUUUGUUUUCCACUGAAGAAAUAAACUCCUACAAGUCUACAA